GUUAGUUACCUACAUCUUUGUCUACGAAGACCUGAUAUCCUUGACCUGUGGUGCCAUUAUCAUCUGGUAUUUUGCCGGCAGCUUUGAGAAGAACGUUGGCACUGUGAAGCACUGCUUCCUCACUUUUGUGUUUGCUGUUCUCUCUGCCCUCCUGUACCUCUUACUUGAGACUGUUGUCUCGAGGGUGUCAGAGGUGGAAGAUGCUAAAGGAUUCAUGCCAAUAGCUUUUGCUACAUUGGGUGUGUCCACCACCCGCUCGCGGAUGAAGAGGACACUGGUUUUUGGGGUUAGAGUUCCAGUGGUGCUGGUGCCAUGGUUUAUGCUCUGUGUAGCAUCGUUUAUCCCCCACUCUCCUCUCUUGAGUAACCUGUGUGGGCUCCUAGCUGGGGAAGCCUAUGGUCUUGGCUACUGUUUCUGUUUGGAUUUUCCGGAGUCUGUGGGCUCUAAGCUGGACCGGGUGUUCCCGUUCAGCCUGCUAAAGAGGAUACCAGGGCUGAAAUAUAUCCCAGCGUCCUUAGCAGAGAGAAGAGCCUUUGAAAGCAGCAAGAUUGACCCUGCACCAGGCACCUACCCUAUCCAAAGCUACUACUGCUCUUCGCCUCUGGCUCUUCCUGCUUUCCAGAUGCAGCACCCCAAUGCUCAAAGCCAGGAGUUUCAACACAGCUGCGCUCCAGGAU